AAACAUCGAUUUCCUUGUUUUCACCUCUAGUCACGCUUUUUCCGUCUGUUCGUUUGGCUAUUCGAAAUACAAUUUUCUAAAUUAACACCUAAUUGGCCAAAAACGUGCAGUCAAAUCGGUAGCCUAAGCGGAAAAGUUAUUAUCAGCAAACGAAAUACGCAUUAGAAGGUACCAGAAUUGCGGGAAUUUUUAUCUCAACGCGCGUGCGACUCACAUACAAAGGGACACACACACGCACAUCGGUGUGAUUGACGCAAAAGCGAAAAACAGUGAAAAAAAAGGGAAUUGACUAAUAACAUCGUUUGGCAAGCACUGGACUCUGGUUGCUGUUCGCAUUUCCUACAAAUUGCCACGCAUGGAAGAAGAAGUCAUCGAAAUUAGCGAUAGUGAAUACUCAUCCAGUUCCGAGAUGGACGUCGAAGUAAAGGUGGAGCAGCCGGUCAGCGAAGCUGUUGCAGAGGAAAUUGUUCCCAAGGACGCGGCAACCAUUGCCGAAGAGAAGAAGAAGCUGGGCAACGACCAAUACAAGGCGCAGAACUACCAGAAUGCACUCAAGCUCUACACGGACGCCAUAUCGUUGUGUCCCGACUCGGCGGCCUAUUAUGGAAAUCGUGCCGCCUGCUACAUGAUGCUGCUCAACUAUAAUAGCGCCUUGACCGAUGCCCGCCAUGCCAUUCGAAUCGAUCCGGGCUUCGAGAAGGCCUACGUCCGGGUGGCCAAGUGCUGUCUGGCUUUGGGCGACAUCAUCGGCACCGAGCAGGCGGUCAAAAUGGUCACCGAACUCAAUGCGAAGAGCACGGCUGUCAGUGAGGAACAGGCGGCGGCGCAGAAGCUGCGACAGCUGGAGGCCACCAUUCAGACCAACUACGACACAAAGGCCUAUCGCAAUGUGGUCUACUAUCUGGACAGUGCCUUGAAAUUGGCUCCAGCCUGCUUGAGAUAUCGCCUUCUCAAGGCAGAGUGCCUUGCCUAUUUGGGACGUUGCGAUGAGGCCUUGGACAUUGCCGUGGGUGUCAUGAAGUUGGACACCACCUCGGCGGACGCGAUUUACGUGAGGGGACUGUGCCUGUACUACACCGACAACCUGGACAAGGGCAUCCUGCAUUUUGAGCGCGCCCUCACACUCGACCCGGAUCACUACAAAUCCAAGCAGAUGCGCAGCAAGUGCAAACAGCUCAAGGAGAUGAAGGAAAACGGCAAUAUGUUGUUCAAGUCGGGUCGCUAUCGCGAAGCGCAUGUGAUCUACACGGACGCCUUGAAGAUCGACGAGCACAACAAGGAUAUCAAUUCGAAACUGCUUUACAAUCGGGCAUUGGUCAAUACAAGGAUCGGCAAUUUGCGGGAGGCUGUGGCCGAUUGCAAUCGGGUGCUGGAGCUGAAUAAUCAGUACCUAAAGGCUCUGCUGCUGCGGGCCCGCUGCUAUAAUGAUCUCGAGAAGUUCGAGGAGUCGGUGGCCGAUUACGAGACGGCGUUGCAACUGGAAAAGACACCCGAGAUCAAACGACUAUUGCGGGAAGCCAAGUUUGCGCUGAAGAAGUCGAAGCGAAAGGACUACUACAAGAUUUUAGGCAUUGGCCGCAAUGCCACCGAUGACGAGAUCAAGAAGGCGUACCGCAAGAAGGCACUGGUCCAUCAUCCGGAUCGACAUGCCAACAGCAGUGCCGAGGAGCGCAAGGAGGAGGAGCUCAAGUUCAAGGAGGUGGGCGAGGCCUACGCCAUUCUGUCGGAUGCCCGCAAGAAGGCGCGAUACGACAGCGGUCAGGAUAUCGAGGAGCAGGAGCAAGCUGACUUCGAUCCGAAUCAAAUGUUCCGCUCAUUCUUCCAAUUCAAUGGCGGCGGCCGCAACAAUUCGUUCAACUUUGAGUUCUAAAGUUCGAGAAGAACAACAAACACACCUCACAUAUUCUGCCUCAUCGGAAGCCAACGGGAACCAACACAGCAGCGCACAAAUUUUAAACCCUUUUGCAUUUUUUCUCCCAGAAACAACCAGAAAUCGUUUGUUUUUUGUGUCAAAGAAUGAAAACAAGCUAAGAUUAAUGAAAAAUUUAUGAAAUCAAAUGACAAAUUUUAAGUGUACUUUCACAUGUUGUUUUAAAUUCAGUUUUGGCGGCAUUAAUUCAAGACAUAAUAAACUAUAAAACCUGUAAAAAAUA